AUGGGCAAGCUCUGCCGGCACUGCGCGAUUAUUGUUUCAGUGCAGACAGAUCCAGAAGCAUUCGAAGACUAUCCUCUUCGCUCUGUCAACGCCUAUGUGGACUUGAUACAUCACAAGUAUGUCCAAGAACUCAUCGACUCUGCAGAGACCUGCCUCCUUUGUGAUUUCAUCCAGCAUUCUUGGUCACUGCCCAAACUUCUCAAACGCUACCCAAGCAUAAGAGAAGAAGACUACAAAUCACUCGAGCUCAAGUUCAAACUGACCACCAACGUGUCUGCUGCCGAUGAUGUAUCUUGCAACUUUCUUGGUGGAGAUAUAAUUGUGCCGUGGUAUGCUUUUGCGGAUAGCUUUAGAGUGACAAUCACAACUUGUCGUGAUGGCAGCAAGGCUAGCGAGAAUCCAAUUUGGAGCUGGAGGGAACCCUCCAAGGAAGACAAGAUCCAGACUAUCAAAUCUUGGUACGCAGACUGUGUGUCUCAGCACUCUGAAUGCAAACCUUCCUCUCACGGGUAUCCAAGGCGUCUCGUGCAGAUAGGCCCGGAGAAAAACAAUCUUCGCCUAGUAGACUCGCUUACACAACCUGAGGAACGUCCGGAAUACGCUACUCUUAGUUACUGCUGGGGGGCAUCACGUUCGUUUGUGACCACCAGGGACAAUAUCAGCUCUUUGCUCCAAAGCAUACCAACAGACUCUCUUCCCAAAACCUUUCACGACGCUAUAGAUAUCAUAUGGGAGCUCGGUCUUCGAUAUAUAUGGAUCGAUAGCCUUUGCAUCGUACAAGAUGAUUUUGAAGAUUGGCGUAGGGAAGCCAUAUGUAUGAAAGAUGUGUACGCAGGAAGUUCGGUCACCAUCUCGGCAUCAGAUGCACAGGAAAGCACGCAGGGUUGCUUUGUUGAUUUGGACCUAGAUCUUUUGGAGGGCCGCGCUUUGGCGUAUAAAAACAUGGGCGCGCGUUUUGACGACCAGACUUUCCGGAUUCGGGUACAUCAAGACGAUAUCCGGCGCCGGACAAGAAUUACAAAACUAAGUACCAGAGGCUGGACGCUACAAGAGCAACUACUAUCUCAUCGAGUGAUACACUGCAUGCAGCCUGAAGUUCACUGGAACUGCCACUGCAGCUAUUAUACAGAAUCCCAGGUUACUUUCGAAGCCGAGAGGUUCAAAUACUUCUCGUGGAAGUUCUUCCCGCAUGAUGCUUCCAUAGAAGAUAUGAAGAAGCUGUGGCUAAGAUGGAUGACCGACUAUUCUAAACGAGAACUUACUGUUGCGGGAGAUCGCCUUGCAGCUCUGGUGGGCAUGGUACAGUACUUUCGUGACAGGACUAGGUUCAAACACUUGUUGGGCUGUUGGCGCGAAACACUUAUCGACGAGUUGUUAUGGAUUCGAUGUGGCGAAAUUAUUGAUCCCUCGGAAGCUCUUCCUCAAAUCCCAUCGUGGUCAUGGCUCACACGCAUUGGAGUCGUCCAUAACAGCUUCUGGUCUCGAUCCAUGGAUGAUGAACCUUGUGAUGUGAGAGACCACACAAGCAUUGUGGAGGUCAACAUCACAUGGACAGGAGAGCCAAUGGUCUCAGAGAUCUCAUCCAGCACCAUGAUCCUCGAAGGGCCAACUCGGGAGAUAAGACUACGUCCAGACCCCAGGACUGUGGCUUUCAAUCCUCCCUGCUUCAACAUCAACGAUGAGGAGCUUGAUUUUCGGGCGGGUCCAAUGCCCUGGCGAUGUUCAGGAAUGUUCGAUUUAGAAGAGGAAAGGGAUGACGAUUUGUUUACCUGUCUCCUUGUGCGAUCAGUUACGGUCAAAACUCAGGAUCUACAUAUGAAUCGAUUUCAAGAAACAUGUUUGGUCUUGGUACCUGUUGAUUCUGAAGGUGCCCGGUGGAAUCGUGGUCCAAAGUCGCCUGUGGAGAAUCGCCAUCCACUUCUACCAAUGGCUCCACCGGCCAACAAAGAUUAA